ACAUUUAAUAAAAGUGACAAUUGACAGCGAAAAAAAAACCGACGAAGAAUUAAUGAUAAAACUGAGAGAAGUAAAAAGCAUAAGAAGUCACCAAUCAAAUUACACAUUGCUGUCCGUAUGUACUUAUCUGUUUAGUAAUAUAUUAAAGCAAUAAAAUAUACAUUAUGUCGUAAUGUUUCGACCAAUUAACAAAAUCGGCCAGAUUAUAUCAUUCGAAUGUAAAAGUAAAGAAUUUGUCAGAAACAAAGUGGUACAGCCCACUUCUGUACUGAAACCGGCAGAAAAAAUUAAAUUGUACAAUAAAGAAAAUAAGGAAUUAUUCGGUCCGUUAUUAGAAACUAGCAAGCAAAAGAAACAGCGAAUUCAAAAAGAAGCUAAAAAUACUACGCAACAAAACAACAGAACGACUAAAGAAAAUACGGUGAAAUUUGUCAUUAAUAAUGCUGUGAUUCGACCGUUUGCACACAGUACAGUGAUUCAAGGAUUAAAUAACAAAAUGUGGCAAAAUACAAGGCACUGUUUGAAUAUUUUUGGAGUUCUUUUAAAUAACACAGCUAUACGUGGCUUAAAAACAUCUGUAGUAUGUGGUACAGCCAAAAGUUCACCAGCGCAACCUGGAUAUCCCAGUGAAGAUAAAAUCUUGCAGAUAAAACACCACAGAAAUGAUUAUGCUGAACAAUACCCAUCGGUGACACUAAUAUUAAAUAAAACAAUGACUGAAGAGUCUAGGUUGGCUUUGGAGAAGUGGAAACAAGAGAGGAUUGCCGAAAUGGGAGUUGAAGAAUUUAAUAGAUUUUACCAAGCUCAAAUGGCAGUCGGUACCAAGUUUCACAACACUUUAAAGGAUUACUUCACUCAACCUCGUAGCCAGCUUCGUAUAGAGAAGGAAGUGGAGGGUGUAUGGGUGUCUGUAGCAGAUGUGUUGAAAAGUAUAUCUUCUCCAAAAGCCAUAGAAUCGAAUGUUGUACACCCCGUACUGAAGUAUAGGGGAAUUUUUGAUGCCAUUGCUGAUUAUGAAGACAAACCGACUUUAAUCGAGUGGAAGAAGUCUGAUAAGCCGAGGAAGUCGAUAGCCCUGACCUACGACAACCCGGUACAGCUGGCCGCUUACUUCGGUGCGGUCUGCAACGACCUCAACUACAAGCACAUGAAGGUCCGCGACGCGCUGCUCGUCAUAGCGUACACGGACGGCUCGAAGGCGGACGUCUUCCACCUGUCCACCGACAAGCUGAGGGAGCACUGGGCGCAGUGGCUGAUCCGACUCGAGGAAUACAUAAACAAGCACGGCAAAGAUUCCGAGAAGUUCCUGAAAGGCGGUAAAAGGUUGUUUGAGGUGGAAAUCGGAAAUCUCCAGUAAAUGGAUUGGAGCAACACAUACCACAAAAAUUACUUCCAUUGUUCAUUGAAUCGAAAUUCAAAGUUGGACCAAACAAGGCCGUGAAAAUAAAUCGGAAUAAUACAUUAGAUGCAAGUCAGCUGAUCGCUUGCAUAUUUUGAUUAAACUACUAUGUUCUAUCCAAAUUCGUCAUCAAAAUUUUAAGUCGAUAGUAUCGAUAGAUCAUCGUAAUGCCUACAAAAGUAAGAAAAAAAAACGUAAAAUGAAAAUGUUCAACGAAAUUGUCUUUUUGUCCUACGCCUAAGUACAGGCCAUGAAAUUCUUAUAAUUAAUAUUCAUAAGAAUUUCAAUAUUUUUAAUAGUUAAAAACUAAAUAAGCCGGCUAAAAUAGCAAAUGGAACAAAAAAUUUCUGUUUUUUUAAUCCUGUUAGAGUGAAGUUAUAAAAUUAUUUUAUAUUUUAUAAGUCAUCGGUCCUUGAUGCAAACUUUCAUGUCAACCAAAGGUCGUGAAUCCUGUUUCAAUGAAGUGCAAAGAUUGGAUUAUAUACAAAUAAACAUACCAAGCUAAAAUAAGUAUGUUAUUAAUGUUAGUUUUGCUUGUUAUCGACGUUCUGAAAAACACGCCGUGCCAUUACAAUAAAUUAUCGGUUGGAUCUGCUAUCAUAUUUUCAGUUUACAAAUGUCUUAAUAAUUUGUAUUAUGUCCACGGGCGCUCACGGUAAACCUAAUAUCAAAGAUGGCGACGGUCGCCUGUUUAACUGCUUGCGACUGCCAGUGUAAGGUAAGAAAAACAAGUUAAAUCUCAUUCAUCCACCUUACUAGUUAUUUUUUUUGUUCUAUUUAGAAAAUGUAAUAAAUAUGUAAAUUGUCCGUCAGUCUUCGUAAAAAUAGUAUAUCUACGUCCUUGAAAAAUUACAUGUUUUGAUUUUUUCUUUUUCAAUCAAGGGUUUCCAAAACAGUUAUUGGGUAAGUUAGUGAAACACAAUUACUUUUAAAAAAAUUUAAAACUAAGUUUGAAUCAAUCGUUUAGUUUUUAAAAGAAUUUAUUUUAAACCUAAAAAUUGACACUGAUUAGUUUGUACAUAUUACAUUUGGAUACAUUAUAUACUUUUCGUUCGUAUUUUCAAGGUAGAGUUGCUGGCAACUUCAAAAUUAGAAUUCUUUAAUUCAUAUUACAUGGAACACUUUAGCGUAUAAGAGAUCACACUGAUCUAUUAAUUGUUUGGCUUUUUGUAGAACGUUGCCAAAAAUAUUUUAGCUUACUAGUCAAUGUUAUUCUACAUUGGUUGUUUUUUCUUCUCAUAAUCAAUAAUUUUGAAAAUUAAAAUAAGUUUUAAAAAAAUAGCAUUUAAUUACUUUUCAUGUUCAUGUUUUGCCGAUCCAUUGAUAAAAUAAUCCAUAUAGAAUUGUAAAAAAAGUUCGAUUAUUUAAUUUUAGAUAGGUACAUAAAUUAACACACCUUAUUAAUUUAAAAUUUGUUUAAAGUUCAAGCCAUUAGCUUAGGGGCUUUCAAAAGCAUUCGUUUACAUUUCGAUACGUAGAUUGUAAAGGAAUACUGCAAUUUUGGCACAACUCUUUUAGUCAGCGAAUACAUGCUACACUUGUGCUAUGCCAAACAGUAUUUUGAAGAGAACAAUAAAUAAAUUCGACAAAGAUUUGAUUAUUAAACACAUUUUUAUACAUAUAUCUAGGUAAUAUACAUAAAUAUAAAUUGUUUAAAAGUUUUGAAAUUUUGCCGCAAAAA